AUGACCUUGACGGUACUCUCAGAUGACCAGGUCAGGGACAUCCUAGAGACCCUCAGCCUGGAAGAGCUGGAGGAUUUCCGGAAAACCCUGGCCGAUGCUCUGCAUGCCUUCUCAACCGACCUCGGAGCCGAUGGCAUGGGCGUCUUCCAGCAGCCGCAUCGUAUAUCGACGCUGCAUCCCGAGACGCAGGCCACGACUCUGUAUAUGCCGUCAUGCGGGCCCACGGGCAUGGGCUGUAAAGUCGUCUCCCUCACAUCUGCCGAGGCGUCAAGUGACCCCUCCGUCCAGCGCAUCAGCCCAACAGGCGUCGUCAACCUCUUCGCCCCAGACGGCAGGCCCAUCGGCCUCGUCCACGCCAGCACCCUCACGGCCUUCCGCACAGCCCUGGCCUCGCUAUGCCUCGUCUAUCGCCGCAACCACGUCAAGACAAUCACCGUCUUCGGCAGCGGCUUGCAGGCCUACUGGCACGUCCGCCUGGCCCUGAUGAUGAGGGGCAAGACGGUCAAGCACGUCAACAUCAUCAACCACCGCUUCUCGGACAGCGCCGGCCGCAUUCUCAAGAAGUUCACCAUUAUCCCUCACGACAUAAAAGUCCGCGAGGGCUGGGAAGGGGCCAAGUUUAGUAUUCUGACGCCCACGUUUCAUGAGUUUGACCGGCUACAAAAGGAGUAUAUCCGCGCUGCCGACAUCAUCUAUUGCUGCACUCCUUCUCAACAGGAGCUUUUCGAUGCGUCCAUUCUCACAAACCGUGAAGGCAGAAAGAAGGGAAGGCUCAUUGUCGCCGUGGGAAGCUAUACACCACAGAUGAGGGAACUGCCUGAAGGCCUUUUGCAGCUGGUGACAAAGCCCCGCGAAAAGGGCCACAGACACUUCCACAAGCAUGCGGAUGAGGGCGGCGUCAUUGUGGUGGAUACGCUGGAAGGCGCAUUGACUGAAGCUGGAGAGAUUAUCCAUGCAAAGAUUGCGCCCACUCAGCUUGUCGAACUAGGCGAACUUGUCAUGCUUCACCGGAUGGCCGUCGACGAGUCCGAAUCCGAAUCCUCCGACGUCAUGUCCCAAACCUCAUCAGUCUUCUCAGACCUCGAAAUCUCCGAAAGGGCGCCUUCCAUGAGCACCACCUCCAGCGACAUGCCAACCAGUCCCACCAGCCCCUUGAGUCCGAGUUCUUCGGGUACGAAAUCGUCCUUUUCGAAGCAUUUCCGGAAGAGCUCGAGCAACCUGUCCGAAAAGGACAAGCAGAAGCAAAAGGACGACGGUUUGUCGCGCUGGCUACGGGAUGGCACUGUUGUGUAUAAGAGUGUGGGGGUUGGGUUGAUGGAUCUGGUGGUGGGGACCAAGUUGGUCGAGGUUGCGAAGGAAAAGGGUAUCGGUACUCAGAUUGAGGGCUUCUGA